AUGGCUUAUGCUGCUGUGGUGUCUCUUAUCCAGACUCUAGACCAGUUUCCUUCAGAUCAAUUUUCAUCUUCUCAUCAAGAAAUAUCACUCUUUAAAUGUCUCCACACCAAGGCCCACACCUUGCUAGUUCUUCUCCAAAAAAAAUUCCAAACCGGAGCAAACGAGCUUGAAGCCCAAAUCCGAGAAGUGGUGUACGAAGCAGAAGACGCCGUAGAAUCCCACGUCUCGACCCGUUACCUCCAGCCCGAAUCCGUGGAAAGCUCCCCUGCAGCUGCCGAGAUCUUCACUCACAAAUUGCAAGUGCUGUUGCAAGAAUUGGAAUCUAUCGAGAAAAGGCUAACUGCCAUAGGAUCCGACCGGGUUGACCAACGGCCAGAGAUGACCGGGCCACGAUCCGGCCCGUUAGUGGCCAGCACGAACAAGCUGCUUGUCGGGCUCGAAAACGAGCUGUCCCGGUUGAAAGGCAAGCUAGUCGGGGAAUCUUCCCGACUGAAUGUGGUGGCCGUGGUCGGGAUGGCCGGCAUCGGCAAGACCACACUCGUCGACCGGGCUUUCCAUGACCCGUCGAUCGGGAGGUUCUUCCACUACAGAGCCUGGGCAAAUGUGGGCCCGGGCCGCGACCCGCGGGAAGUCAUUGCGGAGCUCCUGGGGCCCACGGCUUCGAAGUUCAGCCAGGAGAGCAGCUACAGCCAGCUGACG